UUGGACGGAUGAUACAAAAACACGUGUUCUUUUACAUUUAAACUGUGAAAGUUUCGCAUUAUUUCGGUCGAAUUGUGGAGCAUUAGGGGAGGUAGGUAGAAGGGUGUGAGACGCACGCGAAAGAACCGUGAUAUCGCAUAACUAAAUCUGGCGUAAUAGGAGCAUUUACGCGCGGAUGAUUGAAGGGAAAGUGGCGAAGCAGCAGAGCGGCCAUUUUAUGUUAGUAUGACGUAGAGGCUGGGUGUAGCUUCGCGUUCAACCGUCCGUGUUCUUUUGGAAAAGGCGAGAAAAUCCGAAUUCUGAUGCUGGGCUCCAGGUAAAUGCACGUACCACGCGCUGAACGUGUGAACCGUGAAAUUAAGCCUGAGGAACGUAAGGAUAGUAGUUAAAUAAAGGAAGUACACAGGGGUACCGAGAAGAGCGAGCAUGAGCGAAGAAAGCAAUCCGCGAACGCUUUAUGUGGGUAAUCUAGACGCUUCGGUGUCGGAGGAACUUUUGUGCGCACUUUUCUCGCAAAUAGGUUCCGUGAAAGGAUGCAAGAUCAUACGGGAACCGGGAAACGAUCCGUAUGCUUUCGUCGAGUUUACGAAUCAUCAGUGCGCGGCCACGGCGCUAGCCGCCAUGAACAAGCGGUCCUUCCUGAAUAAGGAAAUGAAGGUUAACUGGGCAACGAGCCCUGGAAAUCAGCCGAAGUUGGACACCAGUAAUCACCAUCACAUAUUCGUCGGGGAUCUGUCACCGGAGAUCGAAACGCAAACAUUGAAGGAGGCUUUCGCGCCAUUCGGCGAAAUUAGCAACUGUAGAAUCGUUCGUGACCCACAAACCAUGAAGAGUAAAGGGUACGCUUUUGUAUCUUUUGUCAAGAAAUCCGAAGCCGAAGCGGCGAUAGCGGCGAUGAACGGUCAGUGGCUCGGAUCUAGAAGCAUUAGGACAAAUUGGUCCACUAGAAAACCACCACCACCAAGGUCCGAAAGGCCACGACACUCCAAUAAUAGCAAACCUAACUAUGAAGAGGUAUAUAAUCAGAGUAGUCCAACCAAUUGCACGGUAUAUUGUGGAGGUUUUACGAAUGGUAUUACGGAUGACUUAAUAACCAAAACAUUUUCCCCGUUUGGCACCAUCCAAGACAUAAGAGUAUUCAAAGACAAAGGAUAUGCAUUCAUUAAAUUUACUAAUAAGGAAGCGGCGACGCGUGCCAUAGAAUCUACACAUAAUACAGAAAUUAAUGGUAGCAUUGUUAAAUGUUUUUGGGGCAAGGAAAACGGAGAUCCUAAUAGUGUGGGUCCUAAUGCAAAUCAUCAAGCUCAACAGGUUACAGCUGGAGCUGGUCAGUACGCGUACGGAUAUGGCCAACAAAUGGGUUACUGGUAUCCACCGGGAUAUCCACAAAUGCAGGGUCAGUUUCUGCAACCUCAAUACUAUGGCCAAUAUUAUGGACAACAGGCUCAAUAUAUGAAUAGCAUGCGAAUGCCUGCUCCUGGUGCAGGAACAUGGCAACCUGCACAAGCAACUGCCGCACCGCCGACUGCGACUGCACCGUUGCCACCAGGUCAACAGCCCAUGGUAGCAUACGCCAUGCCACAAUAUCCUACGCAAUGAAAUUGAUUAAUGAUCGGCAUCAACUAAUUGUUACAUAUGAUACAUUUGCCCUUGGGGCUUUCGCAAAAACUGUUCUGUCAUAUACCUAUUCUAACAGAUUUAUUGGUAUUUUGACUGCAGCAUCAUAUGUACGAAUAUCCAAGUUCUACUUCAAACGAAGUACUACACUGUAAAGAAAGCUCCUAAAUUUGGUUGUCCCAACAUUGACUGAUAUUGAUACGCUCUUGAUGCAUCGAACUGUUCCAUCAAAAGUUCAACGUGAUAUAUAUAUAUAUUUACAUAUAUAUGCACAAAGCAUACGCAAAUAUAUAUAUAUACAUAUAUAUUUCCUUUAUACGUUUCCCUUGCCGAACAAUAGAAACGUAUGUCGUUUUAAUAAAUGCAAGUUUAUCUUGCAGUGCUCAUUAAAGAAUUUAAAGGAAAAAGAAAACCGAAACAAAUUUAUUGUAGCAGUCGAUCCGUCAGUGUGAUUGAAGAAUCUUUUCGAAACAAGUUUAUAUCCAUGGUGUUGAAUGAGGUAUAUUUCCGAACUCAAGGUUGCAGCCCCUUGACGAGCCCUGCAUCCGUUAUGCUGCGUAAGGUGUACGUAUGUAUGCGACCAUUUGCGUUGUUAUAUUUUUAAUAUUUUUGCCACAAUUACCAAUCUUUAGUUUAUUUCAAAUCAUUAAUGGACAGGGAGAAACGUUCAUUUAUGGUAAACACGAAGUAUGACAUUGAACAUAGUAAUAAGAUAGAGAGUAUAGGUAGACACGGCGCCUGUGAUGUAGCUAGAUUUGGAUGCAUGCGUUAACGUAUGCAGGGCCCUUAUUAAAAUACACACUA